GGAAGCUGUCUGGACGCGCGGAUGGCUUUUUUAACCCGGACAUGCGUUAAAAGGGCAGCCUCGCAGCAAAGAUAUGACUGUUCCUGAUGCUCGACCCUGCCCUUUCGGCCGAGUCGCAGUGUGAGGACCUACGUCCCGACGAAUGGGUAUACCUAGCUGAGGGAAAUCUCCAUGUCCUUCUGGCCUAUCGCGGCCAGUGCGCGCGUUUUCGAGAUCAUGUUCUGCGUCUCCUGAAGGUGCGACAUGGUGGGGAAAAGAAGGCGCUAUACGACCCACGUCAAGAGCGGCACUAUGUAGAGCAUGUGGUGGGACCUGUGCUCGGGCACCAGUACCUUGAAACGGGCACCUCUUUGACGGUAACGCCCUCAUUUUUGAACGAGGUGGCGAUACAAAUCAUGCCUCACCGCCCCGCACGACGUGCUGUGUACGACCUGGAUAAAACUGCCUGUACAGUGGAGUGCCUAAGGGAUCUGACCCGUUUUUUCCCCCCAAUGCCGCACGCAACCUUGACCGCCCCGCCCACCUGCCAGCUCACCCUCGAAAUCAAACCCAAAGCCGGGUAUCAUUCCCGGAGCCGACUCGUCCCUCCCGCGCGGCGAUUUAAGUUUCAGGAGAGUCGAUUCUCGCUCAUGCAGCGCUAUCGCUUUGCGGUCUUGGAGACCCAGGCUCUGGAGCCCGAGUGGGGGGAUCUCAGGGAGGGCCCCAACUGGGGAUACUCGC